UGGGGGAGGUGGUCUUCUUCCGCAUAGGAUAGGCCAGAGCCCAAAUCCGCACCCAUGGCGCUCCUCCUAUCCCCCACUGUCUCUUUCCUCGCCUCCUCAUCUGCAUCUCCUCCUCGUGCCCGAGCUCUCUCCACCGCCUCCGCCGCCAGCAAUGUCGUCCCCUCCUCCGCCUUGAGACUGCAGUGCAAGAAUACUGCCUCCUUCAGCCAUGUAUCUCCUUCCAAGAAGAUGCUGGUAAUUGUCCAUGCCUCCGCGGAUGCUGGUGCAGCUGAUGCAGCAGAGCAACCGGAGAAGCCAAAACCAGCGGCUUCGAUCGAGGAAAUGCCACUCGAGUCCAAGCAGAAGAUGAUCCUGGAGCAGAGGGCACGGAUGAAGGCGGCCAAGAAGCUGAGGCAGCGGCGCAGGCGGCUCGUCCAAAAGAGGCGGCUGAGGAAGAAGGGCAGCUGGCCACCGUCCAAGAUGAAGAAGCUCAAGAACAUCUGAACAACCCAUCAUGUUGGACAGUCAGCGCUACCGUUCUUCUGUAAACCUGUGUGUUUCGUUCCUCCAAUGCUCUUUUUGCGUAACUGAUGCAUUGGUGUUUGUUUCGUCUGUACAAUUUUGUUGUUCUGAGACACACUAUUGGUAUAAUGCAAUUAAAAUUUUAUGAUAA